AUGGAUGAGAGACUGAUUAUAUUGGACGAGAUGGAGAAGGGCUCUAGGCAAGCGGAAAGAAAAAAAGGGGAGAGAAAUGGGAAUCGGGAAAAGAGAGAGAUGGAAGAAGAGCUCAUCGGCGUGGUACCGUGCUCUUCACUCGCCGUUGAUUCCAUCUUCCGUCUUGGAACGGCAGGUGCAAUUUGGGGGUCAUGCAUAGCACCUUAUGAUGCUUGUAAAAAAGGCCUGACUGGCGUGGCUCAGGCUUCCUUUAUGGCAAAGACAAUGGGCAAGUUCGGUUUUCAAGGUGGGCUUGUUGCUGGAGUUUUUACUGCUACUCGUUGUGGAAUUCAAAGAUAUAGGAGGCAGAAUGAUUGGGUGAAUCCUUUAAUUGCGGGUGCUGUGGCUGGGGCAGCUGUUGCUGCCGGGACACGAAGCUGGACACAUGUUGUUGGGAUCUCUGCUCUGCUAUCUGCCUUUAGCGUUGCUGCUGACCAUUCCAAAACAUUCUGA